CUUAAAGUCUGCUUCCAUUUUAUCCUCAGCGCCAAAUCCCAAAUCCCGAUACGCAUAACGAAAUGUCGACCGAGACGCCACCGAAUUUCUGGGGCGACAUGCCGGAGGAGGAGUACUACACCUCCCAAGGGGUACGCAACACCAAAUCCUUCUUCCAAACCCCCAACGGCCAGAUCUUCACCCAGUCCUUCCUGCCUUUGGAUCAAAAAGUCAAAGCCACCGUCUUCAUGACCCACGGCUACGGAUCCGACACCGGCUGGCUCUUCCAGAAAAUCUGCAUCCACUACACCACCUGGGGCUACGCCGUCUUCGCCGCUGAUCUCCUCGGCCACGGCCGGUCCGACGGCAUCCGCUGCUACCUCGGCGACAUGGAAAAAGUCGCCGCCAGCUCCCUCUCCUACUUCCUCCACAUCCGCCAGUCCGAACCCUACGCCUGCCUCCCGGCCUUCCUGUUCGGCGAGUCCAUGGGCGGCUUAGCCACCAUGGUCAUGUACUUCCAAUCCCCUCCCGACGCCUGGACGGGCCUGAUCUUCUCCGCCCCGCUCUUCGUCAUCCCGGAGAACAUGAAGCCCAGCAAAGUCCACCUCUUCCUGUACGGCCUCCUGUUCGGGCUCGCCGACACGUGGGCGGCGAUGCCGGACAACAAGAUGGUGGGGAAGGCGAUCAAGGACCCCGCGAAGCUGAAGAUCAUAGCGUCGAAUCCGAGGAGGUACACGGGCCCACCGAGGGUGGGGACAAUGAGGGAGAUCGCUAGGAUGUGCCAGUACGUGCAGGACAAUUUCUCGCGGGUGACGGCGCCGUUUUUGACAGUGCACGGGACGGCGGACGGGGUGACGUGCCCGACAUCGUCGCAGCUGCUGUACGAGAAGGGAUCGAGCGUGGACAAGACUUUGAAGAUUUACGAUGGGAUGUACCAUUCGUUGGUACAAGGGGAGCCGGACGAGAACGCGGAGAUUGUGUUGAGGGAUAUGAGGGAGUGGAUUGACGAGAGGGUGGCGAGGUAUGGAACCAAAGCAAAGGGCUUGGAGGAGGGAAUUUGAUUGUGGGGGUGGUGGGGUUUUGGUUGUACUAUUAUUAUGUGCUCUGCAUAUCAAUUGUAUUUAAUUUUAAGUACACAGGACGGUAGACGGGGUGACAUGCCCAACGUCAUCGCAGCUGCUAUACGAGAAGGGAUCAAGCGCGGACAGGACUUUGAAGAUUUACAAUGGGAUUACUAUUCUUUGGUACAAGGGGAGCCUAGACAAGAAUGCGGAGAUUGUGUUGAGGGAUAUGAGGGAGUGGAUUGACAAGAGGGUGGCGAGGUAUAGGCAACAAAGCAAAGGGCUUGGAGGAGGGAAUUUGAAUUGUGGGAGGUGGUGGGGUUUUGGUUGUAUUAUUACUAUGUGCUCUGCAUAUGAAUUGUAUUUAAUUUUAAGGUAAUGUCAAAUUUUAAUUAAAAUACUGAAGAUAAUCUUUUAAAAGUGAGACUCUUUAUAAA